UCUCAUGGCAGCAUCUGGGGCUGUUAUCUCUACUGGGAAACAGAGAAAGCCUUCAGGAUGUGCCAGUGUUCCCAGGACUGCUGUGAUAAUAGGGCUGACUGUGGUUCCUAACAAUGGGUAGUGCCACCCCUCUGAUAGGUGUUACCUGCUGAGAUAGUAUAAAAGAGAGAGGGGAUGUGUGCUAUCUAUGGGAAGCUGUUGGUGUGCCAGCUUCUGGCUGCUAGGGCAGACAAGCUGUUUGGCAUUGACUGAUUCUCUCACUGUUAGCUUACAACUCCAGCCUGGGCAGGCAGUCUUCACUGUUCCAGUUCAAACGUACUUCUGCUGGCAGUGGCUAGUCAUGAGCUUAUCUCACCGAAACAGCAGAGCUGGGAGCCACUUCAGAGCCUCGGAGGAGUAUGAACUGGAGGCAGUGGAGAAGAAAGCCUGGGACAACCCUGUUUACAAUGGCUCUCCCUCUGCCUCCUUGAAAAUUCGAGCCAUCUACAACCCCAACUCCAUCCUGGAGAAUCCCUAUGAAAACUCUGAAGAGGUGGGGGAUCCACUGCCCUACCAGGAAGAGCAGAGUAAAGCUGUGGAUGGCAAUGCAAGUCCUUUCCUCAGGUGCUGCCUGUACAUCUUCAGAGGCAUCCGAGGUCUGUGGGGCACUACACUGACAGAGAACACAGCUGAAAACAGAGAGCUUUAUGUGAAGACCACACUGCGAGAACUGCUGGUCUAUACUGUGUUCUUGAUGGACAUCUGUCUACUGACAUAUGGAAUGACAAGUUCCAAUGCCUAUUACUACACCAAAGUGAUGUCUGAGCUCUUCCUGCAGACCUCUUCGGAUGGCCGUGUCUCCUUCCAGUCUAUUGGCAGCAUGGCCGAUUUCUGGGUGUAUGCACAAGGCCCCCUUCUGGAUAACCUUUACUGGACGAAGUGGUACAACAACGAGUCCCUGGCAGCCCACAGCACCCAGUCAUACAUCUAUUAUGAGAACCUGCUGCUGGGUGUCCCGCGCAUGCGGCAAUUGAAGGUGAAGAACAAUUCCUGUGUGGUCCAUGAUGAUUUCAAGGAGGAAAUCUCAGGUUGUUAUGAUGUGUACUCAGAAGACAAGGAGGAAAAGUUCUCCUUUGGGCUCAUAAAUGGAACGGCGUGGAGGUACCAUUCUGAAGAGGAGCUGGGUGGCUCAUCUCACUGGGGAAGACUAACCAGUUACAGUGGGGGAGGAUACUACAUAGACCUCAAGUUGACCAGAGAAGAGACUGCUGAAGCCCUGCAAGUCUUGAAGGAAAAAUUGUGGCUAGAUCGGGGAACACGAGUUGUCUUCAUUGAUUUCUCUGUGUAUAAUGCAAAUAUCAACCUGUUCUGUGUUCUGAGGUUAGUGGUUGAGUUUCCAGCCACUGGUGGUGCCAUUCCUUCCUGGCAAAUCCGGACAGUCAAGCUUAUAAGAUAUGUCAGUGCAUGGGACUUUUUCAUUGUUGCCUGUGAAAUUGUUUUCUGUGUCUUCAUCUUCUACUAUGUGGUGGAAGAGAUUUUGGAGCUGCGUAUCCACAAGCUUCAGUAUUUCACCAGCAUCUGGAACAUCCUGGAUGUGGUUGUCAUUCUGCUCUCCAUUGUUGCUAUUGGGUUUCACAUCUUUCGCACUAUUGAGGUGAACAGACUGUUGGGAGAGCUGCUAAAACACCCAAACACCUAUGCGGACUUUGAGUUCCUGGCAUUCUGGCAGACACAGUACAACAAUAUGAAUGCAGUCAACUUAUUCUUUGCCUGGAUCAAGAUAUUCAAGUAUAUUAGCUUUAACAAAACAAUGACCCAGCUCUCCUCCACACUGGCACGUUGUGCCAAAGACAUCCUGGGCUUUGCCAUUAUGUUCUUUAUUGUCUUCUUUGCCUAUGCCCAGCUGGGUUACCUUCUUUUUGGGACACAAGUGGAAAACUUCAGUACCUUUGUUAAAUGCAUUUUCACCCAGUUUCGGAUCAUUCUUGGUGAUUUUGACUACAAUUCCAUUGACAAUGCCAACAGGGUCCUUGGACCUAUUUACUUCGUCACCUAUGUAUUCUUUGUUUUCUUUGUGCUCCUGAACAUGUUUCUGGCCAUCAUCAAUGACACCUACUCGGAAGUCAAAGAGGAGCUUUCGAGCCAGAAGGAUGAGCUGCAGCUCUCAGACAUUUUGAAGCAGAGCUACAACCGGACACUUAUGAGGUUGAAGCUGAAGAAGGAACAGAUUUCCGAUGUGCAGAAAGCACUGCAGAAUGGAACGAAAGAACUAGACUUUGAAGACUUCAAGAACAGCUUGAAGGAACUGGGCCAUGCAGACCAUGAGAUUACAGCAGCCUUCUCCAGGUUCGACAAAGAUGGCAACCUCAUCCUUGAUGAAGAGGAACAGCAGCAGAUGAAGCAUGACCUAGAGGCAAAAAGGGUUGCUCUGAACACAGAGAUUAAAAAUUUGGGGAAAUCCUAUGGUGACAACAACCUGGAUGAGAAUCUGACCUGCAUGGAAGCAAGGAAUAACCACGUCAAUAAGGCCAGCUGGGUCUCCAAGCAAGAGUUCCAAGUACUCCUGCAUCGCGUGCUACGGCUGGAACAGUCCCUAAACAGCAUUGGCUCCAAGAUUGAUGCAGUGGUGAGCAAGCUCGAAGUUCUGGAGAGAAACAAGCUGAUGAGAAAGGACCUGUUGGGCCAACCACUGGAUAAAGUUACCAAGGAGGAAGAACCCAGUCAGAAAGAUCUGCUCCCCCAGAGCCUAGACCAACUAGGGAAAGAAGCAGUGGAAGUCUGGGGGAUGGAACACAUACGGGGAAACAACCUGAGUGGCAAGUCUUACCAAAAAGGUGUCUAUCCCAUCCUGCCCAGGUCAAGUGUGCUGGAGUCUCAGGUGCCCAAGAACAGCCAGCCACAGUCAGCUGUGCUCUUCUAGCAAAAAGGCCAGUGCUCUCAGUCUGGCUCACACAGUAGUAAGUCACUUUCAGUUGUUUCCUACUGUUAGAAUAAUCCAGACAGCUGGACACAGCACUGUUGCCAGGAACUGGUGAUCCAAAAAAUCAGGGAUGCUCUUUUUUUCAGUGUAAUGGUGUAUAAUGUCACAGAGAUAGAGCUGCUGCCUUUCUCCACCCCCUGUAUCUCUGGAGUAGGUGGAAAUUUGGAACCAAGUGAUGUAUUAAAUUUUUGCCUCUGAACAGGCCAACACAAAGCCUUUUAUCUAUCCUUUCCUGAAAAGUAGAAACCCCAAAACUCUCAACAUCUGUGUCCAGAGUAGCACCCUGCAACUUGUUCCCAAAACACACACAAUUGUCUGCAGGACAAAAACGUGGUUAUCCCAUAAACAGAGCAGAAUAUAAUUGUUAGUGUGAGAUGGAAGGGGAAAGUUCAGUUGUUUGUGUCUGCCUUUGUUCUGUUAAAGUUUGUUUCCAGAUGCUUUGGUAACCCUCUCUGUACCUUAGAUUCCGACCUUGAGGAAAGAAGAUACUAACACCUGAGUCUGGAUAACUAAAAUAAGAGUUGACUCCCAAGUGUCACUGGGAAGAAAUCUGAAUUGUAACUGAUAGAGUCCUAGGUCCCUGGUUAGGGAACAGACUUCUGGUUAUACGGUUUCUAACACAGCUGUUGACACUAAAAAAAUCUCUUUAUGUUGUCUGUUUUCAUGCUCUCUAAAUUGCGUUUUGAACUUGAGAUGCUUCUGUUAUUUGUCAAGGAAUCAAUCUGGUUUGCAGUUGUGAGUGCUGACACCAUUUCAGUCAAAGAAUUUUGUGCAAAUGAGAUGAACAUCAGUUUUUCAGCCACAUGCAAAAAUACUUCUUUCCCAGGCAUUUUUCACUUUGUUAAGACUUCUCUUGUAGCUGGCACAGACUAUUGCUGCUAUUGCAGGACUACUGUAAAUGUGUUUCAAAUAUCUUAAUUACUGGUAUUCCACAAUAGUUAACCUCAAAUAGGCUCUGUAGGCUUAAAGCCAAUAGAAAAGUGAGUUCUUUCAGACCACUGCUUACAACUUUCAUUAGUGCUACACUGUUUAGUGUGCUAUGCAGUGCAGUGAUAGUUUUAGAGGGGACCUUGUACACUGGCAUGUUGUACUGCCACCUUUCUAAGAUGGAUGUGUUGCUGUGUUGUGGGGAAAGCCUCCCUGGGAAUGUCUGAAAGACCUCGGGAUUAUCCCUGUCCCCAGAAAGCCUAGGUUCCAGGGUUGUCACCACUACAGAUAUCAUUGAUGUACUGAAGCAGAGGGUCAUUCAUCUAUGAGAUCCCAGAAGGUGCUGUGAGACCUUGUCACCCAGCCCACAGGGAGCUUAGAUUUCAGCCAGGAGCUGUGGGUGCAGGAACAGCACAGGGUCUCACAGCUCCCUUCCCAUCUGCUGGUCCUGCUGUCAGCGACAAGACUUAGCUGUGAGACAUUGCCACGGUUCUUGACUUCCAGUUCCACUAAAUUCAGAAUUGAUCAAGAACUUCUUACCUUCAGCUUUUCCAGCUGAAUUCAAAACAAUGAUGUUGCUUACUCCUCUUCUCAUUGAAGCUAUUGUCUUACUGAGGAGAAAACAGCCUAUGUCAGGAGAAUUUCCUGAAAUAGGCUUUUUUUUCCCCAAAUUUUAAUUAAACAGAAAAUCCAUACGCUAAAUUGUAAUUGAUCAAAGGAGCUAUGUGCUUUGUAAUGGGCUCGAAGAGUGCACACAGCCCUUUGCAAUUAAUGAAUUGGGUGCUUGUGUGUGUUGGAAGGCACAGAGGAAGAUUUUUCCUUAAAUUCACUUAUAAGACCUUUGGAUAGGUCCUGGCUCAGUAGCAGACUAUGGUUAUCAAGGCCGAAUCGCAAAAUCAAAAAUACAGGCUGCUCUUCUGAAGUCUCUGAAGAAGCGCCUGCCUUUUCCACAGACUCAGAAUCUAUCAGGUGAUGUCCCAAGUCAGUGUUACUGUAUGAUAUCAAAUACUUGUGAUAUUGAUCUCUAAAGAACUAAGUCUGGCAUCAUGGAAGAGAUCUAAGCAGCAGCUCUCUGCUUCAGGAGGUUGAUCCUGUGCUGGUAGAGUCAGUGGAAGAUACAUUGCUGGCUGAGCCUCAGCUCCUUAAUGUAGCAACAACUACUGUGAGGACAACAGGAUCUUAAAAUGGGUCCUGACAAGAAAAUGAAGGUGAAAAUGAUUAUCUGUAAGGCCUGGCUUUAUAAAGCCUCAGAUUUCUCACAGGGAGAGUGUUGCUUGGUUGUUCUGCUCAACAGAAAGGUGGCACAAGACCUCCCUCUUUACAUUGCGCAGUGUUUCUGUUCCCCUCCUGAGCUAUGCCAAAAACCUAUGAGACCAGCCCUAUGGAUAACUGGUAUGUACCUGUGCCUGUAUUAAUAUCUUCUCUCUUACUCGUACAUACAUCUCCAUGCAACUGUUUCCUCUGUUUCUUUUCAACACACUGUCAUGUUUAUAUGUCCUAGAGUAGGGCAAGGAAAUUACUUUUUCCUAGCAAACGCUUGUGUAUAAUUGUCAAUUCUGUCUUCAAGCUGAUUGAUUGAGAAAUAACACAAAUAAACUGAAUGGUAAGUUCAUACAGCUUCUAUAUUUAAAUGUGUGUUGUCAGACCUCCCAUCGGGAGGUGGUGUUUAGAUGAUAUGUGUCUGAUGGGGAAAUUAAAGUAUUCUUAAUAUGA